AUCUUAUAGUACUAUAAACUAUAAGAUCGAUGGUUUUGUGUUUGUGAUGGUUUUAUGGUUUUGUGUAAUCUGUCUGUGUUUCUCUGUUUUGUGCUGUCAAGAGAAGAGAGGAAACGAUUUCUAGAUUUCACUUUUGAUGCAACUUAACCGGCAAAAAAUAAUUUAUUGUUUUAGAAAUUAUUUAUUUUUAUUGCUCUCAUUAUGGAAGAAAUUCUGUCCAAACUAUUAGUGGCGAAUAGCAAGACCAUUCAAGAAGGAACCAAAGAAUUAAAGGAGGCUUUUAAAAAACCAGGGGCAAUUCCUGCUCUCUGUGAUGUCAUUGUAACAUCUGCAAACCCUCAAAUUCGACAAUCUGCUGCUGUCCUGUUACGCAGAAAACUUGGAAAGAAAAGGCAGUGGAGCAAGCUUAACGUGGAGUUAAGGAACAGAAUCAAGCAAGGCAUGUUACAAGCCCUAGUUAAUGAACAAGAGAGAUUAGUAAAAAAUGCAGUGGCUCAGUUUAUUGGAAUCAUUGGAAAACAUGAAUUUCCCGAUAACACUUGGCCAGAAAUCUUGCAGUUUGUACAUACUUUGACGAGCAGUGAUACUAUUUUUGAUAAAGAGCUUGGGAUGUAUACUCUGUCUAUAAUGACGGAGAUGUCGCAAAGCUCAUAUAUUGUCCAUGCUGAAUCCUUUGCUGUGCUAUUUACAAACACUUUGAACAAUAUCACUGAACUGAAUUCAAAUUUGGCAUAUUAUACAGUAACUACUAUGAAAAAUCUUGUUCCCGUUAUAGGAGGACAUCAACAAAUGAUAAACGUUUAUCAUAGUCUGAUGCCAAGAAUUUUGGAAAUCAUCAAUAAUAUGUCUGUAGAGGAUGAAAAGAGAAGUUGUGACAUGUUUGAAAUAUUAGAGGAACUUAUAGAGUAUGCCGUUACGGUGGUAGUGCCACACGUUAGACUCAUUAUUGAGAUGUGCCUUCAAAUCGGCAGUAACAAUUCUAUGCCCAAAAGUGUUCAGAUCAAAGCUGUUAGUGUUGUUGGAUGGUUGAUCCGAUCUAAAGGGAAAGUUGUUCAGAAAAAUAAAUUAAUAGAACCGAUAAUCGAUGUUCUUAUUCUUCUUAUGGCGCAACAACCCGAUGAUGAGGGAAACGAAGAAUAUUUUCUGGGAGAUCCCGAUCAGUUUACGUCCAUAACUGUAGCCACGCAAACCUUAGAUUUGAUAGCGCUGCAUAUUCCGGCAGAGAAAGUCGUCCCUUAUAUUUUAACGAAGGUCGAACCAGCCAUUCAAGGAAAUGAUAUUUAUGCGCAAAAGGCCGCUUACCUGUCGCUCGCCGUUUUGGCAGAAGGUUGCGCUGAACGCAUAAGGCACAAGUAUUUAGAAGCGUUUUUAAAAUGUGUGUGUUCUGCCAUUCAUAAUCCAAAUGCGGUUGUAAGGAACGCUGCAUUAUUUGCUCUAGGACAGUUUGCAGAACAUUUGCAACCUGAAAUUAGUCAGUAUGCAUCCGAGCUCCUUCCGGUGCUAUUUGAAUGCCUCGGUCAAGUGUUUGCCCAAAUGGAAGUUGAAAAGAAGGAUCCUCCAAGUCUAGAUCGCCUUUUUUAUGCCCUCGAGACGUUCUGCGAAAACUUAGACGAAGGGUUAAUGCCCUACCUACCCACUUUAAUGGAGAGAUUGUUUGUAGCCCUAGAUCCGAAUGGUUUUUCCAUGCAGUUGAAAAGAGUUGCGCUGAGCACUCUAGGUUCGGCGGCCAGUGCUGUGAAAGAAGGCAUGUUACCGUACUUCGAGAGGAUCAUUAAAAUCCUAAAUUUAUAUAUCAAUUCGGACCCAAACUCUGAAGUACAUCAACUUCAGUGUUACGCGAUAGAGUCCUUGGCUGUUGUGGCCCAAUUCAUCGGUCCCGAGAAUUUCAAACCAUUAGCGGGAGAAUCGCUACAAUUGGGAUUGAGAAUUUUAGGACAGACAGAUGAUCCCGACAUCAGGAAAAGUGUUUAUGCGCUAUUCGCCGCUUUAGCGAUUGUCAUGAAGGAAGAAAUUAGCCCGGCUUUGCCGAAGAUUAUUAAUGAAAUGAUAGAGAGUAUACAAAGCAGCGAAGGAAUUGUGACUCAUUACGAAGAAGAAGAAAAGGAUGUAGUAGAUCUUGAGUCGUCAGAUGAAGAAGAAAAUGUCGAAGAGGAUAUAGACGUUUCCUCUUCGGCUAGUGCAGAUUCCACACAGUGUCGUUAUUCCGUUGAGAACUCGUAUAAUGAAGAGAAGGAACAGGCUUGUUUAGCUCUUAGAGAAAUAUGCAUAAAUACCGGACCGUCAUUUUUGCCGUACAUCGAGAAAAGUUUCGAGGAAAUAUUCAAACUAAUUAAUUACCCUCAGGAUGACAUCCGUAAGGCGUCUGUUGAAGCUUUACUUCAAUUCUGUAUUGCUUUGCAUAAGGUCAAUACCCCAGAGGUGAAGCAGGCUCUUUACAAAGCCUUGCAAAUGUUUGUUCCGAAAUGUGCCGAACUCAUCAGAAUCGAUGAGGAAAGAAGCGUUGUGAUGGUAUGUCUAGAUGCGUACGCUACUCUAUUAGAUGAAGUGAAAGGAGAUGUCUUUGUCGGCGAGGGCCACAGAGAAGCCAUUAUGAACUGUGUUAUCGAUGUUCUCACACUCAAGACCAUGUGUCAGGACACGGACUUAGGAGUGUCGACGGAAAUGAGCGAUGAAGAUGCGGAAGCGGAACAGGACGAGCUGCUUCUAGAAUCUGCCGGUGACGUGAUUCCGAAAUAUGCGGCUGCUAUCACCCCAGACGAUUUCUCCAUAUAUUUCCCCAACAUUUUACAGCUCAUGUCUGCCAGGACGAAAAAGCAAAAUAGCAUCGGGCAGAGAUCCUUUGCUUUCGGAACGUUAGCGGAAUGCAUGAAGUCCCUGGGCAUUUACGUAGACAAAUUUUUGCCGACAUUACUAACUCUGUGGUUGACCGGCGCAAAGGACGAGUCGGAGGAAGUCAGAAAUAAUUCCAUUUUCGGCUUAGGGGAGAUGAUUCUGUACGGAAAGGAUAAAGUAUUCAGUAAAUAUCCCGAAAUUCUGCACGCACUCUCCUCGGCAGUUGCAAAGGAAGCACACGCCGGUACAUUAGACAAUAUCUGCGGAGCCUUAGCUAAAAUGAUAAUAGUUAAUCCGAGCGGGAUACCUUUAGAACAAGUUUUCUCCGCCUUUUUACAAAAACUACCACUGAGGGACGACUUCCAAGAGAACGAGGCCGUUACAAAAUGCUUCUUCUCAUUAUACCAGCAAGGAAAUCCCAUUCUUAGGCAGCACUUGUCGGACGUUAUUAAAGUUGCCGUUCACAUCUACUAUAAGGACCAAUCUCCUACUGAGGAUGUGAAAAAGAUUCUGGUUGAAUUUUUGAAAACGAUAAAUCAAGACUUUGCAGAGGAAUUUGCAAAUUCCGUGUCUUCUCUAGGACCAGAAGUAACAGAAUCUAUCCAGAAACUUUUUUCUUAACGUUUGUUCCUUUUUUUUUUUUUUUUGGUAAUGGGGAUGCGCCAUCUACCUUACAACAGCAGCUUUAAUAUAUAUCGUAUUUGAUAUUAUAUAGAUACGAGUGCUUGUAAUGUUUAAAAUAAUUAUUUAUUUUAUCCGUAAUUUAAAAACAUGUUUUAUUGAAUUUAACCCCAUGAAAGUGUGUAUUUAAAAUAAUUUAGGUUUAUUUAAUACGUCGGUUGCUUAAAUGCCUUUGUUACUUUUGUAUUUUUAUUAUUUUUAAGUUUAUUUAAAUACUAUAUUGAUCUAUUGGAAUGGUUUUACAUAA